AUGUUUGUUUUUGUGACCACAUUGGAGGUGAUUUUAUUUUCAAUACUGCCGUCUGUUUACGGGCUGCGGCUGACGAGAUCGGGCGCCCGUUAUAAUGUGACCGGCGCACGACGACGCGCGUCUCUCCUCAAGGUGUUUGCGAUGUGGUAUACGUGGACGACGUUACUGCUGGUGUCGAGUGCACUAGUAAGGGCGGAGCCCGGAGCGGAGGGGCCGGCCCCGGCGCCUGUGGCGACCACCCGCCCACCGCCACGCACCCUCGACCGACAAGCCGCUGAACUCGCAUGGAAGUCCUGGCUCCAAAGUCCUGAAAGCAACAAUCAAAAUGCCCCACCACGAAGAAUAACCACUAAAUCUCUGUUUAUAACGCCUCUCAAUUGUCCCGAAGGACAGAGACUCGAUAGAAAUGGCUGUGUUCAGGUGGUGACAGUAAACAAAGAUGAACACGAACGUAUCCUACUGGAGCAUCUGAACGCUUGGUUUGUGACUUCAGCUCCUGGUGGAGAUGUACUCUAUGACUACGGAGAUGCUGAUCCUGGGCCACUGCAACUUUCUAUACCCAUUGGUUUAGAUCCACAAGCAGCACCACUUCAAGGUCAAGAGCCAUCUUCACAGGCUCAAGAACUACAACCGAACUACAUGAAAGUUGACAAGAAAGAUACGAAUAAAGCAGACGGCGACGUCAGCAUAGAAGCAGAAUUAGAACUCUUAAAACUUCAAAAUACAUUGAAUCCGAACAAUACAGCAGUCAUUGAUAGUUCAUAUUUGGUAAAUCAGAAUAUACUGACGCACAAUUAUCCUGAUAAACCCAAACGUGAUAGCUCAAGCGUCAAUAUAACGGAAACUGAAUCGCCAAGCAAUAUUACCGAUGAAGGACAAAAAGAAUUAGUUUAUGGACACGUUAACGUUGACCCCAUUCUUUAUAACACAGAAAAUCAAAAUCAAACAGAUUCUAUAGAAGAUUUAGCGUCGAGCAGCUUGACAGAGAUUGAAAAUAAUGCAACUUCUGUUAAUGAAGCUCAAGUAAACUCGUCUAAUUUAACAAGUGCCGAAACUGAACGUAUAAAUUCAAGUACGAAUGUUCUGAAAAAAGAUGGAGAUCAAAGCAAACUCAGUCCCGAAAGUGACUAUUCUGAUAUUGGCGAAGCUAUCAAAUUAAUAAGUCGAUAUGCCGAUGUCACUACUGAUGAUAACUUUACCAAAGAACAAAAUAACAAUUUAAUGAAAGAGGACAGCAUUCUGGGUACCCGUACUAAGCUUCAGUAUCGUCGAAAUAGGCCAAAAGAUCAGAAUAGGGAACCAGCUCGUACCGCGCCUGUUCAUACACCGCUUGAAAUGGUUUACAGUGAUAAGACCGCAACGCAUAAUGUGUUCCUCCCAAAAUAUGAGGUUUACUACAGAUAUCCCUGGCAAGGCCAACAUUCUCCGACGCCUCCACCAGAUUAUCCGUUCCGACAUUUACAGGAUUACUGGCCUGGUCGAAAUCAAGUAGGUGGUGUGUAUAACACCCACGAGAACCCUCGGCGCCAUCAUCAUUCGUAUCCACACAACUUUCGGCUACACAACUACCCACAUGCGGGAUACGCGGGCGUACCUCCAGCAUACCCAGAGCAACUGAAGGGAUAUAUUCAUCGUGCAGUCCAACACCACGCCGACCCAACGCGAGCUCACACAAACAACCAGGACCUCUACAGCCUCCUUGGCCUCAGACAUUGGUUCAGUAGUGAAGGGACAUCAAAAAGAUAG